AUGGAGUGGUUGGACUUAAUUUCUGGCAUUGUGAUCGCUUUCACGAUUUUCUAUUUCUACGUGAAGCACAAGCAAUCUUAUUGGGAACGCGAAAAAGUGCCCUUCAUCAAGCCAAUGUUCUUCCUGGGCAUUUCUGGUGCAGGUUUAGUGAAUCGAAUCCCGCUCAAAGACCGAUUUCACAAAGUGUAUAAGGAUCUAAAGGCGAAAUCCAACAAGUUUGGAGGACUCUACAUGUUCAUUUCUCCAGCCAUGAUUUUCGUUGACAUUGACCUUGUUAAGUCUGUUCUGAUAAGAGAUUUUCACCACUUCGAAGACCGCGGAUUCUACGUGAACGAGAAAAGCGAUCCGCUUUCCGCACAUUUGUUUUCACUCUCUGGAAAUACAUGGAGGAGUUUGAGGGCAAAACUCACUCCAACAUUCACCAGUGGUCGAAUGAAGACGAUGUUCCCAAUCAUUGCCGGCAUAUCUCAAGAGCUUCAGAAGGUUUUCCUCGAGGAAGCAGCGAAAGAUAGUUCAAUAGAAGUGAAGAAUCUUCUCGCCAGAUUCAAUACAGAUGUGAUUGGGAAUUGCGCCUUUGGACUCGAGUGCAAUAGCCUUAAGGAUCCGAAAACUGAGUUUCGACGAUACGGAAUAAUGGCUAUCAGAAGAAAUACCUUCGAUGGUCUCAAGCAGGCCUUUUUACUGGCAUUCCCGAAAGUCGGGAAAUUCUUCGACAUGAUGCUCACGAAUCCUGAAGUUGCAUCUUUCUACAUUCGAGUUGUCCGCGAAACAGUGGAACAUCGUGAGAAGAAUAACAUACAGAGAAAUGAUUUCAUGAACCUUCUAAUAGGUCUAAAGAACAGUGAAAGUGAGAGUGAACGAUUGACUGUUGUCGAAUUGGCAGCUCAAUCAUUCAUGUUCUUCUUGGCUGGAUUUGAAACCUCUUCCACUGCAAUGAUGUACUGUCUUUACGAAUUGGCUCUGAAUCCAGAUAUUCAGGAGAAAACCCGAGAACACAUCAAUCAAGUUCUGCAAAAGCACAACAACGAAUUCACUUACGAGGCGAUGAUGGAUAUGACUUACCUGGAGCAGGUCGUGAACGAAACGCUGCGAAAGUAUCCGUUCGUCACGAAUCUUCUGCGAAUUUGCACGAAAGAUUACCAGAUCCCGAAUAGUAAGGUCACAAUCAAGAAGGGCACCAGAAUAUUCGUCCCGAUUUAUGGACUACAUCAUGAUCCUGAAUACUAUCCCAAUCCGGAUAAAUUCGACCCUGAGAGAUUUACCAAGGAAGCUAUAGCAUCACGACCUCAAUGCACUUACAUUCCUUUCGGCGAUGGCCCAAGAGUCUGUAUUGGAAUGCGCUUCGGAUUGAUGCAAGUCCGCAUUGGCUUAGCGGCUAUUCUGCAGAUUCUUAAAUUCUCUCCUUGCGCCAAAACCGAUAUUCCUCUCACAGGAUUCUCCCUAACACAACCUUUGUUAAAUCUUAUAAAUGGAAUUCAUUUGAAAGUAGAAAGACUAUGAAAAAACCAAAUUAAAA